AUUAUAACAUAACACCAUUACUCAACUAUAUAUAAAUACACAUUACAAACCCACAAAACCCAAACUCUUGGGUUACCCUUUUUACACUCUUACACCUACCUCUCCUCUCCUCUCCUCCUUUCUUACAACCCUCGAAAAACCAUAAUAACUCCACCAAAAAAUGGCCGACGAUGAAGAAAGCUCCCCGCCGGCGGAUUUCCACUCCCACCCCCGUCCUCCUCCAUCUCUCCCUCAGAUUUUGGAGGAGCUGAAAGAGCUAUGGAGCAUGGCGUUUCCCGUAACGGCGUCCCACCUAACUGCGUUCUUCCGCUCCGCCGUCUCCGUCAUCUUCCUGGGCCGGCUCGGGAGCCUCGAGCUAGCCGGCGGCGCGCUGUCAAUCGGCUUCACGAACAUAACGGGGUAUUCCGUCAUGGUCGGCUUGGCUUCCGGCUUGGAGCCGGUGUGCAGCCAGGCGUACGGGAGCAAGAACUGGGACCUCCUCCACGUGUCCCUCCAGCGGAUGGUUCUGAUCCUCUGCGCCGCGGCCGCACCAAUCACUUUCCUGUGGCUCAACCUCAGGCCCAUCAUGGUGUUCCUGGGCCAGGACCCGGACAUCGCCUCCACCGCCGCCACGUACUGCCUAUACGCGCUCCCGGACCUCUGGACCAACGCGCUCCUCCAGCCCCUGCGCGUGUACCUACGCUCCCAGAACGUGACCAAGCCCGUCAUGUACUGCUCGAUCGCGGCCGUGGCGCUGCACGCGCCGCUGAAUUACCUGGCCGUCGCGGUGUUGGGGCUCGGGGUGCGCGGUGUGGCGAUGGCGGCGGUGGUGACGAAUGUUAACACCGUGGGGUUGAUGAUUGGGUACAUGUGGUGGGCCCGCCGCCGCGGCGGCGGCGGAAGGGGGGAGUGGAAGGUGGUGGGGUGGAGCGGCGGCGGCGGCGGAGACGGCGGCGGGGGGAUGGGGGCGUUGUUGAGGCUGGCGGUGCCGAGCUGCGUGGGGAUAUGUUUGGAGUGGUGGUGGUAUGAGGUGGUGACGGUGAUGGCCGGAUACUUGCCGGAUCCGACGCUGGCGGUGGCGGCCACCGGGAUUCUCAUUCAGACAACUAGCAUGAUGUAUACUCUUCCCAUGGCCCUUGCCGGCUGUGUCUCUGCCCGGGUGGGGAACGAGCUCGGAGCUGGCAAUCCGGACAAGGCCAAGCUGGCAGCAACGGUGGCGCUAGGCUGCGCCUUCGUCAUCGGAGUCAUCAACGUGUUGUGGACGGUGAUCCUGCGAGAGAGAUGGGCCGGCCUGUUCACCAAAGACGACCUCGUCAAAGGCUUCGUCUCCUCCGUGCUGCCGAUCAUCGGACUCUGCGAGCUCGGCAACUGCCCUCAGACGACCGGCUGCGGCGUCUUACGUGGCACGGCGAGGCCCGCCAUCGCGGCCCGCAUCAAUUUGGGCUCGUUCUACUUUAUCGGCACCCCGGUGGCCGUUGGGCUCGCGUUCGGGCUGAAGGUCGGGUUCCCCGGGCUGUGGUUUGGGCUCUUGUCGGCCCAAGUCGCGUGCGUCGUGUCGAUCUUGUACGUGAUUUGGGCUUGUACCGAUUGGGAGCACGAGGCCUUGAAGGCCCGGAACAUGACCCAGAUCGAGAUGGUUGGGGGUUGUAAUCAUGAUGAUCAUGAUGGUGGAGGGAAUGAAGAGAACGAAGAAGGUCGUGGGCUGUUGAUGGGCAAUGGCCCGUGAUCGAUUUGGGCUUGGGUCUUGUAUGGGCUCUUCAGUUUUGGGUUUUGUUGGGCCCCGAAAAGGAAUGAGAUGUGGACAGUAGGGAAUUAGGAAGAAAAGGAAAUGAGAAAUUGAAAGAUGCUUUGGCGAUUAUUAAUUCCGAC